AAAACAUCGAGACAAACAUGCCGAAGAAGCAUGGAAGUGAAAUAACAGGACAAUGGCAAAUUGUGAAAAUCAGCAUAAAGAGUGGUAUUCAAUACUCGAUGCCAAGCCAACAGAUGACUUGCAAGUACUGAAACAGAAGUACCAAAGACUAGUCCUCAUGUUUCAUCCAGACAAGCAGAGGCCAGACAUGACAGAGGAGGAAGCCAAAAAACACCUGCAGAGAUUUCUUGAUGUGGAUCAGGCCUGGAAGACAUUAAGUAACGAGGAGAUGAGAAGAGAGUAUGACUUGCAGCUGCGUGCCAGGGAACUGAAGCAAAGCUGGCCGGUGGAUGCCCACAUUGCCUUAGAGGACAUGAUCUGGGAUGAUGAUACACAGUCUUACACAUACGCAUGCCGCUGCGGCGGAGAGUAUAUCCUUGGAAAGGAGGAAACGGAAGAAGAGGAAGCAACCGUGUGCUGUGACACGUGUUCGCUCAGUAUCGAAGUGAGGACGUGUACGUGAAACUUGGCCUGUCUGUAUUUACUGCAGAGACUUACAUUUUGAAGAUAUUUAUCUUCAAUUCAGUUACCACAGAUGAAUGACUCUGGUACAUCAUCCACUGAUGGCAUUUUACAGCAGAUAAAAUCAAACCAGUGCAUUUUUUUUCUUUUCUUUUUUCUUUUUUUAUUAAGGACUAAGGAGACAAUUUGACAGUAUCUCUGCUGGCUUUUCAUUGGGCCUGCAAAUGUAUCAUGCAUAAAAAACUCUCUGCUGAGUAAUGUGUUCUCCUCUGUUCUCUCUCACAUUACUUAGUCCUGUAUAAAUCAUAAAUGCAACUGCAUCAUUGAAGCCGCGCUGCAGUUUGUCCAAAACCUGAAUGACUGGCAAGUUCUAUGCAGUUCUAGUGGUUUCUUUGGGCACCGUUCAAGAUGAAUUUCUAAGAAUCUGUUGAACUGGGGAAAUGUUAAAGAACGCCAAAAGGGAAACAUAUGAAGAAUGUGACGGCCAUUAUAAAUGCAGAUGCAAUUUCGCCAUGAAGAUGUAACUAAAACUGAAUGCUUGUAAUGCUCAUGAUCUGUAAACGUAAUAUAUAAAAAAUUACAGUGCCUUGUGCACAAUAAAAAUAAUCAAAAAUUA